GUAAGACUCUUUAACUCCGUUACGAGAAUUUAGUAGAAUGCUUACGCCUUUAGUACACCCCUUAGUAUCACGCAGAAACGAAUUAUUUCCCCUUGGCGCGCCAUAAAACUCGCCCCCGUCUAAGCAGGCCAGUUUCCGCUGUUUAUUUUGUCUUCGUUCAUUCUUCUUUCCGCUACACCUUCAUCCGACGACACCUGAUCGCUAUUCUUCACAUCCGCUGAGCCUCAGGCAUAUAAACCCCGCCACUCAGCACAAUGCCCUUCUCCAUCUCAUCUCAUCCCCAUCGCCACCGCACGACGCGUAAACACCCCAAACACACACUAUGGUCCGCAAGCGUAGUCACUGCAUCUGCCUCGACGUCCACCCUGUCCUCGACGCACCCGAUGUUCCCCUCGCUAUCGAUUCUAUUCCACUCACCAUCUCCGACCUCACCUUCCCGUCUGUUGAGCCCCUCAUGAAGAGUCUCCGCCGGAGCGGCAGUACUGGUAGCCAGGCUACCAUCAAACCGACCCCAAAGCAGAGACAGGCGUGGGAGAUGAUGGUGUUGAAGCAGAAGGAGACGGAGAGGGAGGUGACUCCGAAGGCUGAGAGGAAGGAGUUUGAUUUCACUCCUGUGGAGAUACCAGCCGAGAAGGAAGCCAGUCCUUCUGUCAAGUGGCCCGCCGAUUCGGUGCUCAUCAACCUUUCCGACGAUGCUUCCUAUGACCACGUACCCGAUGUGAAAGAGUACCUCCGCCUGGUCGGCUUCACAAUCAUGCAAGCCACUUUCACCAACCUCGCUACAAUUGACCCAGAGAGGCGUUUCGACAUCUCGGCCCUCAAUGGAGACGAUCUGGUUCAGGUCGGGCGGGAAGCGCUUGCCAAUGCUCAGCGCCGAGGGGAAGGCAUUUUCGCAACCUAUCCCAAAGUUUCUGAUAUCUCCAUCCCCACCAACCCCCCUCCUUGGGCCGCGCUGCUCCGACGCAACCUCUACUCCAUCGCCGAAGCCGUCCGCCCCAAAUUUGAGGAGAAAGACGAAGCAUUCGCUCCCAUCUCCGGCCGCGGCUCCCUUGGCCGUAAGAAGGUUCGAAGUCUGCAGAAGAAUAGGGUGGUCAGCGGGGAAGACGGGGCGAGGUGGAGCAUGGGAGGGAAAUUGGAUAGGGAUGCUCUUCUGAGGCCUGGGGAGGAUGGGCCUUGUGAACGUAUGAUGAAGACCAAUAUCCGCGUACCGAUCCCGUCCUCUCUCUCUCACCUCGAACCCGGGUCGUCGGAAUACCGCCGCCUGAUCGCUACCCUGUACAGGAUCGACUCGCACCCCGCGGCACUCGCCUUGCGCCAUCGUACGAGUGUACUCAAAGUGUUGGUCAAGCGCAAGACCCUUCUUCUCGAUAGGUGAUUUGACGUCAGCUUUACGUUUGAUUAUCGCAAGGCUUACUUCCCCAGGGAUGGUGAGAAGACAGAAAAAGAGGAUUUCGAGGUGGAUCACGAUUGGAGCGAGUACUUGGAGAAUAUACCAAUUGUGGGGGAUUGGAGCCAGGCUGUGGAGAUGCGAUGUGCGCAGAAGGAUGGGAGGUAUGAGGCUUGGGAGAAAAUGAGGAGGGAAACGUUUUCUUCUCGUUAGAAACAUAGAAACGACUUUGCUGGUACAUGCAUUCUGUAUAUACAU